CGGCAAAACAGAAUACGUCACUCUCUCGCGUCAAAGUGCUCCUUCCUCGCAGCUGCAGCAUGAUGGAGGUGUGCGGCUCCUCCAGUGGCUCUCUGAGAGAGUUUGGAUGUGAACAGAGCUUACUGUCUCGACCUGACGGCUCAGCGUCCUUUAUACAAGGAGACACAAGUGUGUUGGCUGCGGCGUACGGACCAGCUGAGGUCAAAGUCAGUAAGGAAAUCUAUGACCGGGCAACACUGGAAGUGUUGAUUCAGCCCAAAGUGGGACUGCCAAGUGUAAGAGAGCGAUCUCAAGAGCAAUGUGUGCGAGAAACCUGCGAGGCGUCUCUGCUCUUGACUCUUCAUCCUCGUUCGUCCCUCACUCUCAUUCUUCAGCUGAUACACGAUGAUGGAUCACUCCUGUCCUGCUUUUUGAAUGCUGCCUGCAUGGCUCUUAUGGAUGCAGGCCUGCCAAUGAGUUGCCUGUUCUGUGGAGUGACCUGUGCCAUCGACGCGGACGGUCAAAUCAUAACGGACCCCACUGCAGCUCAGGAGAAGGAAAGUCGAGCGUUGAUGACCUUUGCUAUUGACAGUACAGAACACAGAGUAAUGAUGUCAUCCACCAAAGGAUCAUUUUCAGUUCAUGAGCUGCAGCAGUGUAUAGCAGUCAGUCAGAAAGCAUCAGAGAAGAUCUUCCAGUUCUACAGAGACUCUGUCAGGCGGCGAUACUCCAAAUCCCUCUGAUGAAGCAGCAACUUUCCUUUUUUCUACUGCUAUUUUUUUUAAACAAUGAAUACAAAUUCUGAUGUAGCAAUAAAAUAUUUAGUAACCAC